AUGGAAGGAGAAAGAUAUGUUGUUGAUAGUGUUCUGUCAAAAGUAAGAAAGGAUCCGUUUGCAGCCGAUUUACAAAUCAGUUUGUUCAUGUCGGCGUUGCAAAACUAUCGCCAUGACAGCCUAGUGAGGCCUUUUCCUCCUGGAUAUUUUCAUGAAAGUGGCGAGAAAAAUACCGAUGCACUGGUGAGUUGUGAAAGGUUUGCAUCUAAAGAAAAGGGUUUAUAAUUUUGCUUCACAAAUUCAUGGUUUAUGUUAGACUGGAGCUCUACAAAGUAACAAAGGGAGAGGGUCGGGGGGAGACAGCUGGACAACCAGACAGGGGCACUUGCAAGGAGUUUGACAUGUGAAUGCAAUUAGGCCGCGAGCAGUCCCUCAGGAGAGAGGAGGGACUUCCGACAACACAUAAAGGGUGGUCUGACUGUAUGUAAAACACACGACAACACAUUCAGAGUGGUCUGACUGUAUGUACAGGUUAUUACUUGAGGGACGAUAUCAUAAAUGUCACGAGUGAGUGUGGUGAAUGAGGGACAUCUAUGAUAUUGUCCUCAAAGUAAUAAAACUGAUGUUGCCUCGUACUGAUUAUGAAAACAUGUUUAUUAUAUACUUGUGCCUUAUCAGGGUCACAAAAAAAAAUAUUAGAAUAUUAAUCAUUGCCCUAAUACAACAAUUAUUAGUAUAAUUACAUAGGUGAUUAUUGAAAAUUCUCCACGCUGAUUGGUUGCCGUUGAGGUGAUUAUUACGCGAUAAUCACCUAAGCGAUUUUCAAAAUGGCGGCCGAAGCCGUUUUUUCAAUUAAAUGACGAAGAAAUGUGCAUUUUAAAAUUUUUUUCCAAAUAAUCACCUAUGAAAUUAUACUAAAACAAUUAUUCACCUCAGGCUCGGUGAUUAUCGUGAAUAAAAACCUCGACUUCGUCUCGGUUUUUAUUCACCGAUAAUCACCUCGCCUUCGGCGAAUAAUUGUUAAUUAAAACAGCAGAACAAAAAGCAUUAUAAUAUAGCAUUUGUAAAUUCUGAACGCUGAUUGGCUAAGAGCUGUGUUGAUAUAACUCAAUGUCAACACGGGAAAUUUUCCACCGCUUGUAAACACGGAAAUUUUUCUUAUCCUUCGGGCUUGUGACAUUGCUAUAUUAUAAAAAAAAAUAUAAAACAUUUUUUCCGUAUUAAUAUAGAGUUAUAUCAACACUCGUGGAAGUUGGGAAAACUCGAAAUUGUAAAAAUCGUUUUCCCAAUUCCACUCGUGUUGAUAUAACUGUAUAUCAAUACGGAAAAUGUUUUAUAUUUGUUAAAUAUCAUUGACAAGAAAUUAUAUCAGUGACAUAUAUAUGGUUUUGAUGUCACCCGGCUUUUGCCCUGAUAAAGGCACAAGUAUGUGAUAAUACUAUUUAUCAAAUUAAUUUAGAAAGAUGUGGCCAAUAGGAUACCAGGAAUCAAAGAAUUAAACAAAAACAAAUUAAAUGAUGUGUGGAAGUUGGUAGAUUGGAUUAUAAAUGUGAGGAAUAUGGAAAUAGAGCGAUCUCCCACAGCAAGUAAGGUAUACAGCAGUUUCAUUCACAUCAAAUAGAGCAUAUCUCCUAGUGCUUGUUCAAAUGACAUGUAUAAGACUUUGCCAUAGAGUUUUUUAAAACAAUAGACACUGUGGAAAAACUUUUUUAUUAUUUUUUUUUGAAUGAAAAUGUUUACAACUUUUGGAGUAUCUAUUGUUUUCUGUUUUGUUUUAAUUUGAUAUUUACUCUAACCCUUUAAAUGGCAAUGCUCCCUAGUUUAGUGUUUUUUACUCAGUCAAACACCUGCAUCAGUAUUUUACUCUGUCAAAUGACUUUACUUGUCAAGGGAACAGUGCCACCACUAAAUGGUUAAUCAGAUUAUUUGCCCAUGCAUCCAUUUAAAAUUGAAACUGUGGUCAUUGUUUUUAUUGCAUUUAUCAUAAUAUCUAAUAUCAUGAUACUGUCAUUUAUCAUAAUAUCUAAUAUCAUGAUAGUGUCAUAGAUGAUAAUCAUGAUAAUCAUGAUAUGUUUUUUUUUAAAUUGGCCAACCCUACCAAGAAACUUGGGUAAAACAUAUCUUUGUUAAUAAUUUGUGACUGUUUGAGAUGGCCUGCCUAGCUAGGUGAUGUCUCAUGAUGUGUUAGACAUUGGUUGUUGUUUAUUUUAGUUUGAAGAAAUAACUAGAAUGACUGAAAAUUCAACGAAUUACCACACUCCGUCACAUAUUUUUGAAAUAAAAUAUAACGAAAUGUCAAAUGCUAAAUUUGACGAACUUCGUCAAAACAUGGAUAUAUUGUAUGGUUACCAUGGCAGCCGAGUUGAGAACUUUUUUUCAAUUUUGCACAAUGGAUUACAUGCUCAUCUAAAUAAGGUAAGCUAAAAUAUUCUUUGUUUAGAUUGAGUAAUUGAUGUAUACAUAUUGGAAAUAGCUUAAAGAUGUGAUGUUGGUUUGUUUAACCCAUUGAGCCGCAAUGUGCUCCAGUGCGCCAUACUUUUUUUUGGCCAGACGAUUUUACUUGUCAAUGGGGAAGCUCUGCAGCUUAAUGGGUUAACCAAAAAAUCUGACAAUGACAGAUUGUCUACCGAUAACACGAUAAUUGGCCUGAUUCCGAUCAUUGGUCAAUCUCUACAAUUCAGUCACUCAAAUAACCCUCAAUGUCCUAUAUUUGCCAUAGACAUCUCUUUUUGGUGAAGGAACCUACCUAUCCAGUGACCUAAAUGUCAGUAUACCUUACAGCAAGUUUGGUGAAGGCUGGAAACAUAGUUUACUAGGAGACAAACUGAGCUGUAUAGCAGUAUGUGAAAUAAUUGACCAUCCAGAUGUGAAGAGAUCAGUGCAAGGACCAGGUCAUAGGUCUCGAUCACGAGCUGAGAACAGCGAAGGCGGUGAUGUGCCUGAGAGGUAUUUUGUUGUCACAAAUAACCAGCUCGUGAGAGUCAAGUAUAUUAUGGUGUAUGCUUCUCAUAGUGGCUAUAGAAGGUAAGUACAGAUUAAUGGUAUAGACUAAAUUUUGAUCUAGGCAAGAAGAACAAAAUCCAUCACCAUAGCUAGAAAGAGCAUGUUAAAAUUAGUAAAAAUGCGGAGUUUGGUUGCGAAAUGUUGUAAAAUGCGGGAAAUAUAGCCCUGCGAAAUUUGCAAAUUUUGUAUUAAAUUGUAUUACGCGCGGGAAAAUGCAUCACAGUUGGGCCGAAAGUAGUGCAUUAUCCCGUGCGUAACAAAAAUUAAUUAAUACAAAAUUUGCAAAUUUCGUAGGGCUAUAUUUUCCUUAUUUUACAACAUUUCGCAACCAAACUUUGCAAUUUUACUCAUUGUAACAUCUUCUUUCUACUAGCUGUGGUGAUGGAUUUUGUUCUUCUUGCCGAGAUUAAAAUUUAGUCUAUGGAUGGAAUCAUCCAUUGUUUUGAAUUGAAAACUGGAUUGAUAAUUGUACACUGUACCAUGGGAAAGUAGUACAUUCACAACCAAGCAUUCUUGGUGCUUCUGCUGUUAAUGCACUCUAAAAACCCUCUGGUUAAAAUUUCCUAGAAAUAACCAGGCUUUAUUGAAAUAUCUUUUACAGGACCGUCUGACAAAAUGUCCGAUGACUUUAAGUUUGGGUUGGACAUAUGUAUGAUGGUGUCCAAUGACCUUCAGUUCAGUUUGGCUCGCAAAUAAGUCUGAAUGACACAAAUUAAUAUCAGCACAAUGUCUUAAUUCCGAACUAAAUGUUGUGAAGAUAUUAAAUAAUUUGUGUCAUUCGUACUUUAACUUGUUUGUCAAUAGCAGCAAUAAGACUUCGACAACCGUUUUCCACUUCACCAUUUCGCUCGCCACUCCGCGCUCGAUUACAUUAAAACAUCAUUUCUGGUUCACUUUUUAUACAUUACUCUGAUUCUCCAUUUAACAUACGAGCCUCUAGUCCUAGACUAGGGCACAUUUUGAUUUACGGCAGCUGUCCCUAUAGUCCAUCCUUUGAAAACAAAAUAUUAAGCUCCAAUGGGUCUUACUGUAUCAUGAUUUUACAACUUUAACCAAACUUUGGCAGUAUAUACUUUUAACGCAGUAAAUCUUACCAUUCUUCAGGCAUUUCUAUCAAUCUCUGUGGGUAUUUCAACAUCCUCUUGCCUCAUUGGUUAUCAUCUACGUUAUAUGUCUACUUCUUCUGGGACUGUCAAGGACUAAUGGCUUCCAGCAAUUUUAUAAAAGACUCGGCAGGAACUCAUAA